CUUUCUGUGAAAAAGGCUGCCAGAAUGGAGGACGGUGCAUUGGACCUAAUCGCUGUGCAUGUGUCUAUGGAUAUAGUGGCCCCCAGUGUGAAAGAGUUAAAAGAUGAGCUAUCUUUUGCUCUCAGCUGCGUGAAAUACCACUACACCAAAAUUGCUGAUAGUGUUAGAAUUGAUUACAGAACAGGCCCAUGUUUCACACAAGUUAAGAACCAGAUGUGUAAGGGCCAGCUAUCUGGAAUUGUUUGCACGAAAACCCUCUGUUGUGCAACCAUUGGGCAAGCAUGGGGCCACCCCUGUGAAAGGUGCCCUGCUCAGCCUCAGCCAUGCCGUCGUGGCUUCAUCCCUAAUAUUCGCACUGGAUCAUGUCAAGAUGUUGAUGAAUGCCAGGCUAUCCCUGGAGUCUGCCAAGGAGGAAUCUGUAUCAAUGCAGUAGGUUCAUAUGAGUGCAAGUGUCCUGUUGGUCACAAACAGAAUGAGGAAACUCAAAAAUGUGAUGAUAUUGAUGAAUGCAGCACCAUCCCAGGAAUCUGUGAAGGCAGUGAAUGCUCUAACACUGUGGGAAGUUAUUUUUGCGCCUGCACACGGGGUUAUGUCAGAUCCACAGAUGGCUCCCACUGUAUUGAUCAGAGGGCAGGUACGUGUCUCUCCAACAUAGUGAAUGGCCACUGUGGACAGAAGGUUCCUGGUAGGUUCACCAAAAGGCAGUGCUGCUGUGAGUCUGGCCAUUGCUGGGCCAUCAGGUCUGUUCCAGAGGUGUGUCCUGUCAGAGGAUCUGAUGAACACCGCAGACUUUGUGUGAAUGGUGCUCCUGGCGGAGAUGGUUCCAGAGGUGGUGGGACAAGAGGAGCUGGUGUCUAUCCUGGUGGCAAUGGCUAUGGCCCAGAAGGAGCAGGAUUAAUUCCCAAGCCUGGAAGCAAUGGUUUCUCCCCAGGUGUAGGGACUGGUGGUCCAAGUCCCACUGGCAGUGGCCCAGUAAUUACAGGGUUAACAAUACUCAAUCAGACAAUAGACAUCUGCAAGCACCAGCCUAACCUUUGUUUAAAUGGACGUUGUAUACCAACCGUUUCUAGUUAUCAGUGUGAGUGCAACAUGGGAUAUAAGCAGGAUGCAAAUGGAGAUUGUAUUG